AUGCAAAAUCCUCAGGAAAGUAGCCUAUUCUCUUUCUUCUCCGACUUAGACACCUCGGAGCAGAGAUCCGCUACAACAAGCAGAACAGGCAGCUCGCUUGCCGUGCUGGCCAAGAAGUUCCUAAAUCUUCUGAAGGAGUCACCUAUGCUCGAACUGGACUUAAACUAUGCUGCCUCGGUGUUGGAGAUACACAAAAGAAGACUGUACGACAUAACAAACGUGCUGGAAGGGGUGGGAUACAUAAAGAAGAAGCUGAAGAACAGCAUACAGUACACACGAGAUAAGGGGAAAGACCGAUGCGCGCAGUGCGGAGGAGCAUCGCUGAACACAGGAAAAGAAACAGAAGAAGUAAAAGAGCUCCUGCAAGCAGAGAAAGAAAUAGAUGAGAAACUAAACAGGAUAAAUGCCGAGCUUCAGCUCCUGGCAAACCAGGAGGAAAACAUCAAUCUAGCAUAUGUAACAUAUACAGACUUAAAAGAGCUAGAUAACUCAUCAGCGGUAUCACUGUUUGCCAUAAAGACGCCUGCUGGGACAUUCUUAGACUUCCCAUCAUCUAGCAAUCCAGAGGAGAACAUUCUAACGCUUUCAUCGCCAAAUGAAAAAAUAGAUGUCUUCUAUCUGCAGGAUACUCUUGACUCAAUAACCAAAUAA